UCGGGCAGUCGGCACAUUACGUAUACGUCAGUGGUCAGUGAAAGGCGCGAUGAUGGGUGGGCGAUUCGUUAUUGAAACAAUAAAUUUGUAAGAAGAAAACCAAAAUCAGGGGAGAUAAAUACGCCACUCGCGAGAAAUUGCGACAGGCGAGUGAGACAAUUUUAGACAGAACCAAAACUAAACCGCAUUGAAGGAGAUUCUCUGAGAAGAGCAAACUGUUGCUGCUGCUUCUGGUGGUGCUGCCACUGGGCCUGAGCCACUGGGUGGCUGUGGUGGCGCUGGUGGCGGUGGCAGUUUUUGUUUGGCGGGUGGCGGUGCCAAAUGAUGAUCAUGACCGCGUAGAGACGCAAAUAAAUAUAAUUGAAACACCACCAAACUAUAAGCAAAUAGAGCUCGACGACGCCGCCGUGGUGCGGGCAUUGUGUAACUGCAACGGUAUCGUCAAGAUGAACAAAACGAUUCUGCACUGGAGCUAUCUGAACUUCAAGGAUGUGCCGAUGGACCUUUUCCUCUACGAGGAUCUAGAGGAGGUCUAUCUCAAGGAGAACUUCAUAUCGGUGAUCCCAAAGUGGCUGCUAAACAUCACCACCCUCAAGUUCAUCCAUCUGGCGGGCAACAAUCUGAGUGAACUGCCCACCGAUAUCUAUAUGCUGGAGAACCUGGAAUUCCUAGACGUUUCCAACAAUGAGCUUAAGGAGCUGCCCCCCACCCUAGGACUCCUGCUAAAUCUCCAGCAGCUGAAUGUUUCCGGCAAUCAGCUCACCGAACUUCCAGUGGAACUGAGCAGUCUGCGCAAUCUGGAGCACCUGAACAUCGCCAAGAACCAAUUCCGCCGACUGCCCAUCCAGCUGAGCGAGUGCGUCCGCCUCAACGAGCUGAAUGUGAGCGACAACGAGGCGCUGGUCCACAUCCCCGAGCGCAUCUCCAACCUGCCCAUGCUGCAGUCCCUCGCCGCCGAUCGCUGUGCUCUCAUCUACCUGCCGGCCGCCCUCUCCAAGUUCAUGAACCAUGUGCGCAUCUUCCACAACACAGCCAUCAACUACAUACCCAUGGUCUACGAGAGGUUCUACCAAAAUUUCUACGACAACCGCCAGAGAAUCACUCCCAUCGCCGUUCAUCGCAAGGGUCUGUUUUGGGUCCGCGAGCUGGAGACGAACAACAGGCUGGUACUUCCGGUGGGCACUCGCACAGUAUUUCCGGUUCCCUCGACGGAGAACCGGGUCACGCUCUACGACGACUGCCUCCACGCCCUCCAGUCGCUGAACCGCUCCUUGCCCGUCUACGAGAACGCCGCCCUGCACCGCCUGCUCCCGGAACCGUACAUCAGUUCCCACAUCAACAACGGACCCAUCGCCCGCUGCACGAACUCCACCUGCUCCAGAUGUCUGUACACCUCGUACUACUUCAUGGUCGUGAAGAGGUUCAAACCUGAUCCAUACACAUUGCAUCGAAACUUAAGGCGUGGCAGCACUUCCAAGCAACUUUUCACCUGUAAUUUCUGCACCAACCGAUGUGCGCUCCUCUGGUUGACGAGCAAUGACAAAAAGUACUACCAAGUAAAUUGGCGAGUGUCAGAUGAUGACGACGAUGAUGAAGAACACGUGUCCAGUGUUUUGUACAUGUCAUGUAAAUGCUAUUGAACUACUGGCAACCGGCGCCAUUUGUCCAAAGAGAAAGCUCCCGAUAAUCUAACCCUAGGCUUAAAGAAAACUUUGUGUGGGGCCCCGUUCAUGGAGGUGUAC